AUGGCUGCCAAAACCGAAGAAACUAAACUAGUUCGUCUUGGAUCAGCUGAAUUCUUGGUGGACGGUUUUCUUUUCCAACGAAAGGAUGUUUCACACUACGUGCUGACCCAUUUCCACAGUGAUCACACUGUGGGGUUGACGCGAAACUUCGAUUGUGGAACUAUUUACUGCACGGAUGUGACGGCAGCCUUGAUCACUGAAAUGAUGGGCGUGGACGCCGCGCGGGUGGUGGCAUUGCCACUGCAGCAACCGUUGCAGGUUCAGGGUGUGUGGCUGACCUUCGUGGAUGCGGGACACUGUCCCGGCAGUGCCAUGGCGGUAUUUGAGGAAGACCAUUCCUCCGGGAGUUCCGCGACGCAAAGCGUUGUGCUCCACACAGGUGACUGCCGUGCUUCAGCGCAGAUACGAGACGGCCUGAUGGAGUGGCUAGCAGGUCGCACGGUGGCUGAGCUCUUCCUGGACACCACGUACUGUGCUCGCCGCUGGACCUUCCCAGCACAGCAAGAGGCUUGCAGCUGGCUGGCAGAACUGACUGCAGCGGAGCUCCAGCGUGAGCCCAAGACCCUCUUCGUGGUUGGAUGCUACCAGAUCGGGAAGGAACGUGCGGCCCAAGCAGUGGCCGAGGCUGCUGGGUCCUCCGUUUUCGUCGAGCAGCGACGCUGGAAAGUCAUCCAGCUUGCAGGUUGGGGCGAUGCUUGCCUAAAGUCCGGCCAGCCUCUGUGGAGCAUCGACAAGGAAGGCUGCUGUGUCUGGAUGUCCGCUUUGGGAGGUUUGGCUCACGAUGUCUUGAAGCACUACCUGGACUCCACGAAGGGGCAGUUCGAAUCGGUGGUGGCCUUCAGCCCGACCGGAUGGGCAUGGUCGCCCAAAGCCAUGGCCAAGGGGAGUGCUGGCUGCCGUGCCUGGAUUGAGAAUGAUGGGCGCACCAGGGUCUACAGUGUGCCCUACAGUGAACACUCGUCGUUUACGGAGCUGCAGUCUUUCGUCAGCGCCAUCAAGCCCGGGCGGUUGAUUCCAACCGUAAACUCCGAGACUCGCGAAAGCAAAGAGCGCAUGAUGGCUCCCUUCUUGGAUGUGCUGGACCUUAAAUGCGAUCCGGAACGCAUGGACCACUACAUUUUCGGGGGUAGCUCAUCUUCAUCAGCUUGCAAGCCGGAGACAGUUGGGCGGUGUGAGUCGUUCGUCGACGUGCUGUCGCUGUCAAGCAGGGUGACGGAUUCGCUGCCUCCGGAAUCUGCGGAUGAUGCGGAAGACAGGACUGCUGCGACGCCCGUCUGGCGGACCGGAGUGCUGUCUGGCUGCAGGCAUUUGAAGCCUGGAGCCAUGGACCUGGACUCCGAGGAUUCCACAACCGUUGGUGGAAGCUCCUCUUCCACGUCUCCAGCACGAGUCCAGGCCGACCAAGACCCGGAGAUGCGGGAGUGGCCAUCUACGACUGGCUCAGAAUGCGCGGUGCCAGACUCCGCAACCGGCUUGAUUGUGGAGCUGUCGGACUCGCAGGACGAGGCGGCGGAAAAAGUACCAGAAGCGGACGCUGAAGCGGACGAUCUAGCGGACGCCGAAGCGGACGAUCUGCGUUGUGUCGACGUGGAACAGCAGCGAAGGCUGCUUCGAUUCUUUGAGUCUGCCGGUAGAAGUAAAGACGACAAAGAUGCGAAGGGUCCGCCCAAGCUCGCUGCAAAGAAGCCGGCAAAGAGCAAGGGCAAAGGCAAGGGCAAAGGCGGCAAGGGCACGAAGGAGCCAGAGGCACCCGUCCUGAAGCACUUGGGUGUAAGACUCGAGAAGCAGGAGAAGCCGAAGGCUGCGCCACGCAAGCGGACCCAGUCAGGCACCGCAAAGCGGCAAAAGACAGAGCCAGGUCCCAACGCCGAUCCGAAGCUGCCCGGAGAGAAGCGGCCAACGCGUUUCGUUCCGAAGCCCAGCGCGCGAGUGCAGGAGCGAAUCGACAGAGCUUUCGGCCAUCGGCUCUAUUUUUUGGCUCGCAGCGAGUCAGGCUCUGGUGAAAAGCUCGAUGUUCUUGGCAGCACCGGCAACGUCUACCAUGUGGAACUGCAGCCGCAGGGGAAUUCCUGCACUUGCCUGGACUUUGCAAAGGGAGGCGGUGUGUGCAAGCACCUCCUGUUCGUCACCUUGCGAGUCCUCAAGCUUGUACGGGAUGACCACCGAGUGUGGCAGACAGGAUUCACUUCAUCGGAGCUGGCCCCAUUGGUUGAGAAGCUUCGGAGCGAGGAGUUCCGCGCGGCGGCUGCUGGCGUGCAGGCGGAUGCCACCAUCAUGCGUGGCUACCGGAAGGUCCAGGGCUCCCAGGAUGCCGUCGUAAGGCAGCCGCUGCCAGCUGACUGUCCCAUCUGCUUCGAGCAGAUCGAGUCUGAAGAGGCCGCUGAGUUCUGCCGCACUUGUGGCCACAACGUUCAUGCAGAUUGCCGCCGACGGUGGGCGGCAGCAAGCGGGCAAAGCAGCUGCCCGAUGUGCCGCAGCCCUUGGGGCGAGGCUGCCUCGAAAGCUUCUGAGGCGGAUGCACCGGUGAACCUGGCAGCAUACUCCGCCGAGCAUCGCGAGGCAAUGGCCCGGGGCAUAGAUUCGUUGAUCACUCGAGACUCGAGCCAAUCGAGCCGAUCUGGCUUGCCCAGCCAGCCGCCCCUGCCGGCCCAGGCUCCACCGCCGGUCCACCCGGAGGUGAAGACGCUCAAGGAGCGAGGCGAUCAGGACGGCGUUUUCUCGACAGAGAACCGGUUUCUGAUAGAGAUCAGCAACCAGUCCAACAAGGAAUUUGUUUACGAUGGCGACUACCUGCGUUGCGGUGAAUGGAAGUCCGAGAGGACCAAGCCCAUCCCGGCUGAGAUGCCCAGCAUCAUCGAGUUCGAGUCGCAGCAGAUCAAGGGCGUGGCUGGGGUAGCGUGGUUUGUGGACAAGGAGGACAAGGAAAUCUACUUUUCUGUGGCCUUCGCAAACCCUCGGCUUCAAGAACCCAGCUUCGCUUGCUUUCUGGGCCUUCCGCCACCGGAUCUGAAGGCCGAGCUAGACUUGGCCCAGCCGCUGCAGAGGGGUGCCCAGGAGAAAGAGCCAGAGCUCCCGAAGCCCUCGGCGCCGCCAUCCGACUGCACAGACCUGGCAGCGCCUGCUGGUGCCCAGGACUUGCAGCAGCAGGAAGAGGAGAACGCGAAAGUUGGAGCAUUCAUGAACCAGACCCGCCCGAAGGACGCUGCAGAUGGUUUAUGGAGGGGCUUGUCGACGGCGACCACGAGCAUGGUGGCUGGCCUUGGAAGCGUGGUGGUGGGUGGAUACUCGGGCUACCAGUCUGGAGGUGGCCUCGGCAUGGCGAAGGGCCUGGGUGCUGGCUUGGUCUCAGGUGCUGCGGUCGCCGUGGCAGGAACUGCAUGUGGAAUUGCCCAGAUUGGGCGAGGUAUUGCCAACACACCUGAGGCCAUGCGUGGACGCCGUGAACAGAGAGUGUGGGACGAUGAGCUUGGGCAGUGGGUGGAUAUUGACCUGGUCAAACUCGAGGAGCAGGUCCUUGCUGAAGGAUCUGAUGACGAGGAGGGUGGAGCAAGCGGCAGCCACUCUCCCUCGGCCUCGGUGAAGGAGACGGAGUACUACGACCUGUUGCGUGUCAAGCCGUCUGCGACUGCCGCCGAGAUCAAGAAGGCAUACUACAAGGAGGCAAGGGCUUGUCAUCCCGACAAGAAUCCGGGUGAUGCGGAGGCAAACACCAAGUUCCAGAAGCUGGCGGAUGCGUAUCAGGUGAGGUCGUCAGAGAGGAAGAAAUAUGACAAGGAGGGCAAGGCCGGCAUAAAGGAGGGCAAUGCUUGGGACUCGGACCCCAGCCGGGACCAGGAGCCAUUUCUUGGCAAGCUGAGAGUGCUCACCGAGGUGAAGAUGGACCCCUCCACAUUUUUCAGCUUGCUUUUCGGUUCCGAGCGCUUCGAACCCUGGAUUGGGGAGCUGUCAGCACCCAAGCACAGGGAGAUGGCAGAGUCUGAAGGCACGAAACGGGGAUCUAUUUACCUCCGAGAGUUUCCUGCUUCUGCGGCGGCACAUCGAGGCGGCAUCCUAGAUCCCACUGACGCCAGCGGCAACAUAGCUGACGAUGCAGCUGCUGCCUCGGGGAAGGGUAUGCUCGGCUUCACGGGCUGUGACUUCGCACUGCUUUUCCUUCCUGCGGGCGCAUGUGCAGGGCAGAUGGUUUCGUGUUUCUGCGACCAUGCAUCGCAGGUGUUCAGCGACAACUCCCAAAUCUUGAAGCGGCGUCAGCUGCACCGCGAGGCUCAGUGCAUGUUUGUCGGGCAGUGCGAGGAGCGAGCAAGUGGCAAGUUUCCUUCUCCAAGUUCCAUUCUCGUCACCGUCCUGCCUCUGGCCUGGAAAGGAUGUUGUAGCUUGCAGCAACUUUGCGUGAAGGUGCACUGUGCAGUGUACCUGCGGGAAUUCCUGAACGACUUUGUCUACAGGCGGGAAGUGUCGCAAUUCGAACAGAAAGCGAGACUUGAGGCUGCGGAGCUCGCCAAGUGCCAAUUCGGUCCAGAGCUCUUGUCGGCUUUGGGCUCGAUGUACAAGCUCCGCUCCGAAAUUUAUUUGGCCGAUGAAUUGGUCGGCCGGUUUUCCAUGACGAAACAGGCGGUCGCCUGGCAGAGAAUUGAUAUGACUUUCCGGCACAAGAUGAGCUUUGUUUCGAACGCUGCGACCAGCCUCCUCCAAGUCAAGCGCGUGCACGACGCUUCCAAGGCAACUGCGGCCACCGCAGCUGGCACUGCUCCUCCGAGCAGUGCCGGGGAAAGUGAUCCAAGCGCCGGAAGCCCACCGGAGCCAACCCCAGAGGAGGUGGCACAGACGGCUGCAGCUGUGGAGAAGGCUUUGGACGAAGCACUGCCGCUUUUUCUACAGACGGCUUGGGCGGCUGUCGUCACGGACAUCGACUCCACGGUGAAAGAGAUAGGUCGAAAGCUCUUGAAGGAGCUGGACAAAUCCGUGCCCUGGCAGCUCCGGGUGCGGCGCUCUCAGGCGCUACAGAGACUGGGCGAGAUCUUCGAAGAGGAGGGUCGGAAGGCCCUGGAGGCCGGCGGCUCCUCGAAGACCAUGACCUCGGAGGUCGCCAAGGCCACCCUGCAGGAGGCGCUCAUGGCCUCGGUGAAGCAGAUGCACCCUGUUUUCCGGAAUGAGUUGCAGAAGCUCCUCCGAGAGGCUUAUGCCGGCCGGGACUUCGCAGCCGCAACAGAGUGCUAUUCAGAAGCUUUGGAAAGCACUCCGGAUGCCGUCGUCCUUUCCAACCGCUCGGCGACUUACGCACAGCGGCGACGAUUUGACAAGGCGCUUCUUGAUGCAGACAAGGCCCUCAAGCUUUGCCCCGGCUGGUCUCGCCUGUACCAUCGUCGCGGCCAUGCUCUGUUCCACUUGGGGCGCUACAACGAGGCGAUGGCUGCAUUGGAGGAGGGAUUGAAGCUUGAUGGACAGGACAAAGUGCUGCUGGAGGCAAUUGCCAAGAUGAAAGAGUACACUGCGCCAGGUGAUGAUUUCUGGGUUCCAGAGCAGCCGGAGCCAAAGGCUGUCGUGAAAGAACCGCCUGCGGAGGCGCCGGUGAAGGAGGCGGCAAAGGACGCCUCUGCAGAAGCGAAAGCCCCAGCCAAGGGCACACGACCCGUGCGAACCAUCCGUUGGCAUCUGCCAAGCAGAGGCCACAGGAUGGAGCUCGACAUGGUGCCGGUGUCCCUGCCGAAGGCAGCAGUUCCGAUUGUGCUGCCAGUGCCACCUGGCGGGGUGAAGGUCCUCCCUCGUUGGGCAGAGGAGGACGAGGUCUGCAGAUGGAGACUGAGAUAUCGGCCUCAUACGAAGGCGAUACAGGAGGAUCCGACCAGCGAGUUCGAUGAGGGUGCUGCUUGGGUCGAGCUCGAACUUCGCAACUUCACGCGUGAGCUGCCCCUCGCGAACCUCGACUUCGGCCUCCUGCACGACUUCAAAGUGGCCAUCCAAACUCCCGAGGGCUGGUCGGACUGGAGCGUGGCGGCGCAGUGCGAGGCUCCUCCUCCACAGCCCCCUGGAAAGCUGGCUGCUCUUCUGCCACGGGUGCUCGAUGUGUCUUCGGUGAAGGUGCGCUGGACUCCCCCACUAGACUGUGCCACAGUCGCACCGGGCCUGAAGAUCCAGAGGUACAUGAUCUUGGUCACCUGGGCACCUCGUGCUGGCGAGGAUCCUGCGGAAUGCUCCCGAGAGAUCAUACUAACCGAUGAAACGGAUUCUUAUGUCGUCACCGAUUUGGAGAGUUUGACGGACUACACCUUUCAGAUUGCAGCCGAGAAUGCUGCAGGUUGGAGUGAGCUGUCCGAUCCGACGGUGCCCGUACAGACCGUGCCGCCGGUGCCGAUGACUCUCAAUCAGCCGACGCUGAGAAGGGCAACGCACCAUUCGGCGGUCAUACAGUGGCAACAUCCCCCGUUCUCAGAGGCACCCGUGCUGUCCUUCCGCUUCCGCCACACCCCGUCAGCGGACUGGAGCAGUGAGGUGGUGGAGAUUCAUGAUGUGCCGCCCACGCUUUCCCAGUAUGUUAUUCAGGGCCUAAAGCCGGGCCACGUUUAUAUCUUCCAAGUCAGGGCAGUGAACAAGUACGGCAUGGGGAUCUGGAGUGACAGCAGCAUCCCAGUCCGAACCAUGGAUGGAGCCACACCUUCUGCAAUCGAAGACUUGCGGGCCUCCGAAAUCUACCAGUCCUUUAUUCGCCUCCAGUGGCGGCCGGUGGAGGAAAAUGGCUAUCCCAUCACAGACUAUCGCCUCCGCUACGCGCACACAGAGGACAUGGCAGAUGCCGUGGAGGCUGUUCCAGCCGUCGUCCGGGACAAAGGGUUUGACACUUGCGACAUCCGCCAUCUGCGAAAGCUGAAGUACCACUUCCAGGUGGCGGCCAUUAACCAGCUGGGCAUGGCAGAGUGGAGUGAGCCGGUGCUGGUGGCGGGGGCCUUCUCGCAGGCUCGCGCGAAGGCCACAAACUCGAAGCCGGAAGGCACAAAGCCAGCUCAAGAGAAAUCCGCCGAAGAGCUGCGAGAAAAGGGAAAUUCCUUGUUCCGAGAAGGCAGCCAUUCCAAGGCCGUGCGCGCGUAUGACGAGGCGAUUCGAGCCGACGCGAGCGAUGCCAGAUGUUGGGCAAACCGCGCAGCUGCCCAGAUGGCCAUGCUGUCUGAGUUUGGUCAGGGGCUCUCGCCGGCGGCCAUGCGCACAAAUCCUUACUUUACCAACUCCAUGAACGACCUCAGCGAGAGCCUGAAGUUGGAUGCCAAGUACACCAAGGCCUGGGCACGCAAGGGCCAGCUGCAUGCCAUGGCAGCGGAGGAAUCGGAAGGCGAAAUCGAGCCUGAUGGUCUUCUGUAUGUCGCCGUCGUGCUUCCGGGACUGGUCUUCUGUCUUGGGCUCGCUACAGCUCUCGCUCUUGGCCUGCUGCUGGUGAAGGUGCAUCUGAAGGCCACCUACGGCUCCACAAGCCCUGCGAGACGUUUAUGGAUACAGCUAGCAGCUCUGGGUGGCACGAAUGUGAUGGGCAUCUUUCUGGGGUUCUUCUACUUGUACAGUUCGCAAAGUCAUUCUCAGGCCAGCCUUGUGCUGACCUCCCUGGCUUCGGAAGCGUGGAAAGUUGCUGACAUGACAUCUGCCAUGAAUCUUACGACAAAGUCUUUUGCUCACAACCUGGACCGGCUGUACUCAGAGUGUCCGAAAACAACGCAUGAGUUCCUCGGGUCGUCCAUUGCCGAACGGAAAGGAGAGCUCCAGGUUGCCAGGAGCGCUUUGGCAAAGCUCGACGAGACGCUGCAAGAUCUUCCAGGUCUCUUGGCGGCGCUGGCUUCUAAAAGCCAGACGCUGGUCGCUUCUUUGGCGUGGUGUCAGUUGCUGCCACUUGCAGGUUUGAUGGCUUGCCUGGUCGCUGCGGCGGUCUUGGUCUUUAUUGCCGAGUAUUCCGGCCCGAAACUUGCGAACAGAUGCCGCUGGUUCCAGCUCCCAUGUUUAGCCUUUACUUUGAUAGUGCCCGUGCUUGUCCUCGUUGCUGGCUGUGCUGCUGCGGAGCUCCUUGUGGCUGUGCUGUCAAGUGCGCAGUGCAGCAGACCCGAGAUGACAGUCCUAAACUAUGCACGGGGCGAGCUUGGGAGGUCAGCAGCCUCGAACCUGACCCUACAGUAUGUUCGCAACGCCACCAGAAUUGGUGCCAUAGACGACAUCCAUGUCCUGCACAUGCGUCUGUCCUCGUGGGAUGAGUGGGUAACCACCUAUGGUGAGGCGAUCGAGCGAAGCUGCCCCGCGUGGGAUGCCGCCAAUGUCUCGCAGAACCUGAGAGCAAUGAUAACUGAAGUGCGUACGGCUAGCGAUCUCAUGGAGCCCGCACGCAUGGUGCCGCAAUGGACUCGAUUCUACAACCUCGUUUGCGGAGCAGGCAUCUCUGAUGUGUUUAGGGUAUUUCUAAUGACGCUGGUGCUGGGCUUUGUUUUCCUGCCUCUCCUGGCAUGCAGCAUGAGCUGUUUGCUAGAACACCUCGUGGCCGAACGAGGCCCAACAGGUCACGGCUACGGCUAUGCAUUUAACAGGCUCAGCACAGAAGAUGCUGAUCAGAGCUCAUAG